AUGAUGAUCCCGGUCUUCCUCCUGGCCGCUGCUGCCGCGUGUCUCGCUCCGGCAGCGGCGCAGUCGCCGUCCACGACGACGGAGAAGUCGACCGUGUGGAUGCCGCCGCGGGCCACCAGCGCCGGCGAGAACAUCUACGCGUCCGUCAUCACGGCGGCGCCAUCAUCAACCGAGUUCUUCCUCGCCUGCACGACGGCUUGGCAGUCGGCGUCGGCGUGCGCGCAGUUCAGCGGCGUCACGCUGACCUACGGCGACGGCACGAUGAAGAUUGGCUUCCGGUCCGACUCGUACGACUGCAAGCGAGGUGCCUCGGCGACGUGCUCCGUCAGCACGGCCAACGCGGCCAACGCACAGUCGGUGCUCGCCGGCCCCGAGUCGUCGGCGUGGUUCACGGCCAUCACCAUCGUCGACGGGCACGACAAGCUCAAGAACGCCAAGAGUCAGACACGGUCGACGACGAGAUCGACAUCGGUGAGCCCAGCGGCGGCGGCAGCAACGACGACAGCUUCUGCGGGCAGCAACGGCAAUUGCAAGCGUGCGAUCAAGGGCAGCAGCAGUAGCGGCAGCGGCGACGACGGCAACUCUGGCGGCACCAGCGGCAAGAAGCACAAGGACAAUAGCGAUGGCAGCGGGUGUUCUGCUGCCAGUGGCGGGCCUGGCGAGUCGGCGUGGUCUCUGGUGAUGGCGACCGCUGCGGCGGUUGUUGGGAGUCUGGUGACGGUGUUUCUAUGA